UUACGGGGGCGGGGCGUCGCCAUGGCAGCCGGAGAAGCCUUCCGAGCGGCUACUUAUUGCGGGUCCGGCCGCCGCUGGCGUUCAGAUAGGUGCCGUCGGGCGGGAGGGGGGAGCGAAGAAAGACGCUGGAGGAGCCCUCGAACGGAGGCCAGAGAGUCGCAGGGGGGUGGAGGAACUACUUCCAGAACCUUCCUUAGGCCCGGGCUGCGCUCUGAACCGGGAGCCACAGACCCACCCGGAGGAGGCCGGCGACCCCCGCGUCGCGGGAUGGAACUGCGCACCCGGGAGGCGGUGUAACCCGAGCCUCGGGUCGGCGGGUCGCCCUAGGCUCUGCUCGGCUCAGCCCGUGGAUGCUGACCGCCCCCUCGGAGAGUCCCCGCAGACAUGGCAGAGAACUGGCUGCGCCUCUCGGGAGCCGUAGCGGCGGAGGAGGCCGGGCUGGAGGGCGGCCUGGAGGAGCCCGACGCCCUGGACGACAGCCUGACCAGCCUGCAGUGGCUGCAGGAGUUCUCCAUCCUCAACGCCAAGGCCCCCGCCCUGCCCCCGGGGGACACUGACCCCCACGGCUACCACCAGGUGCCCGGCUCGGCGGCGCCCGGGUCCCCCCUGGCGGCCGACCCCGCCUGCCUGGGGCAGCCGCACACGCCCGGCAAGCCCACGUCGUCGUGCACGUCGCGGAGCGCGGCCCCGGGGCUGCAGGCCCCGCCCCCCGACGACGUGGACUACGCCACCAACCCGCACGUGAAGCCGCCCUACUCCUACGCCACGCUCAUCUGCAUGGCCAUGCAGGCCAGCAAGGCCACCAAGAUCACGCUGUCGGCCAUCUACAAGUGGAUCACGGACAACUUCUGCUACUUCCGCCACGCUGACCCCACCUGGCAGAAUUCCAUCCGCCACAACCUGUCCCUGAACAAGUGCUUCAUCAAAGUGCCCCGCGAGAAGGAUGAGCCGGGCAAGGGGGGCUUCUGGCGCAUCGACCCCCAGUAUGCAGAGCGGCUGCUGAGCGGGGCCUUCAAGAAGCGGCGGCUGCCCCCGGUGCAUAUCCACCCGGCCUUUGCCCGACAGGCCCGGCAGGAGCCCAGCGCUGCCCCCUGGGCUGGGCCGCUGACCGUGAACUCUGAGGCUCAGCAGCUUUUGCGGGAGUUUGAGGAGGCCACAGGGGAUGCGGGCUGGGGUAGCGGCGAGGGCCGUCUGGGGCACAAGCGCAAACAGCCCCUGCCCAAACGGGUGGCUAAGAUCCCGCGGGCCCCCAGCACCCUGCUGCUCACCCAAGAGGAGCAGAGCGAGCUGGAGCCCCUCAAGGGCAACUUUGACUGGGAGGCCAUUUUUGAUGCAGGCACCCUGGGUGGGGAGCUGGGUACCCUGGAGGCGCUGGAGCUGAGCCCCCCUCUGAGCCCUGCCUCACACGGAGACGUGGACCUCACCGUCCAUGGCCACCACAUCGACUGCCCCGCCACCUGGGGGCCAGGAGAUCAGGCCGCUGACAGCCUGGACUUCGAUGAGACCUUCCUGGCCACAUCCUUCCUGCAGCACCCCUGGGACGAGAGUGGCAGUGGCUGCCUGCCCCCCGAGCCACUCUUUGAGGCCGGGGACGCCACCCUGGCCGCAGAGCUGCAAGACUGGGCCAGUGUGGGCGCCUUCUUGUAAGAGACCAGGCCCCACCCCAGCUCUGGACUGCGCCCAAGUCAGGGCCUAGACUACCCCCCAACACUGGGCCACAAACACCCCACCCCACCCCGGGCCGGGUCUAGACAGGGUCUCCCAAGAGGCUGACUCUAUGAGACCACACCACCACCACCACCACCACCACCACCCCCCACCACCACCUGUUUGAUUCAAGCCAGGGAGUCUGAGAACUGGGGGUGCAGGACCAAAAUGACUGCCUCCCUUUCCCGGCUCCCCCAUACACACAGUGUUUCAUUGGUCCUCAUCUUCCCUGCCCCUGGGGACCCUGCACUUUGGGACCCUGCACCUGGCUUGGAAGGACGCUGGUCAGGCUUAAGGAAUAUAGUAUGGCCACCACAGACUACACCAGCUCCGCUCGCUCCCCCACUUCCCUCCCCAGGUCUCUAUCCAGAGAAAGUUCCCAGGUACAACAAAUGCUAAUUAAGUGACAGCAAAUUAAGCCCUGGAGGCUUCUCCCGGCAAAGCCUCCCUGGGGUUGGGUUGGCCUUGGAUGGGUUGAGGCUGGGGGGGAUGGGACCCAAGAGGAGAUAGGUAAAGGUGGAGAGCAGGUCAUCGGCCUUCUGAUCCCAUAUCCGGAGGCAGGGCAGGGGGUGUAAAUCCCUAAUCUUGGAGCCCAAAUGGGUUGAGAGCAGCAGGGAGUUGGGGUGCUGGGGUGUUGGGGGCAGAAGCUGCGGAGGGGAGGGGAACAGAAAGACUAAUUUAGUGAGUGUAGCUAUUGCUGAGGCUUAAUUGGGAGGGACUCAGACCUUGCUAGAACCUCUGGGACCAGGAAGGGGGGGAGUCACCCCCAACCCUGCCUGCACUUGUGGGGGCGAGUGUCUUGCUCCACCCUGAGCCCCCCAGGCUUCGUCCCAUCCGACAUCCACCCUCCUGCCCCAUGGAGCAAUUUAACCUUUUUUCAUGGAAAGUUAUUUACAAUAAAAAAAGUUUUAAAAAUAAAGUUUUUUAAAGUCUGCAAA